AUGAAUGUUGAUGAGACAAAAGAAUUACAAGAAAUCGUUAAACUCUUAACAGAAAAACCCAUAAUAGAUCAUUCAAAAGUAAAAGACAUUUAUGAGAUUGCAAAAAAAUUAAGAACAGGACUUCAGUUUGCUUAUUUUAAAGUAAAAUGGGGUUUACAAAAUUGUGAUAUAUCAACAUGUGAAAGAAUGAUAGAACAAAAAUUAAAAGAUUAUAAAAACUAUCCAAAUAAAGAAAGAAUACAUCUUCCAUUUCAUGUUUCUCCCAUACCUCCAUCAAAAAAUGGAUUCACUGAUGAAAAAGCUAAAGCUGUCUUUGAAAUACUUGAUUCAUUAGUAAAACGACCAAAAUCAUCAUCACCUGAUAUUAAUGAUUCAACUGAUAAUAUCAACCACUACAAUAAUAAAAGAAUUAUUACUAGAAAACGCUGCUUAAAUAAUAAUGAUAGAAUCUCUUCUACAACAGAAUCAGCUUCAUUAUCAUCUUUUGAUGCAUCUUCUCUUGAACAAACUUUGCCUCCAUUUUUCCCAAUAGAGGUGAAUCCUAAUUCCAUAGAACUCUAUUUAAAUUCAUUAGAAAGAAAUUAUGGUGCUUAUGGGUCAGAUAGAUUUAACAACAACAACAACAAUAACCAUCAUCAUAUUAAUAACUAUAUUAUUAACAAUGAUCAUCACCGCCAACAUCAUCAUUACUGUAGCAAUAAUAAUAAUCAUCACUCAUGGACUUUAAUGAACUAUGGAUCACCAACAAUAAAAAACUCUUCGUUAUCAUCGUCACGUAGAAGAAAAGUAGAUUGGGGGGAAGAUUCAAAUCGUGCCAUUAAAAACCAAAAGAUUCAAAAAACAACUGUUGAUUUGAUUGAAUGUCCAGGAACCCCUCCAAACCAAAUUCGAUCAAUUAAUGAUAUGAAAACACCAGAUACUGCAUUUUCAUUAAGUGAAUAUUUGAAUAUGUCUCCUAUGCAAUAG